AUGGUGGUUGGUGAAUCCCGUACAGAGCUAUUACAAUGGAUCAACACCAUACUUAACUUGAAUUAUACCAAAAUAGAACAGUGUGGUACAGGAGCAGCAUUUUGUCAAUUGAUGGAUUCAGUAGUUGGUGGUGUCCCCUUAAACAAAGUCAAAUUCAAUGCCACUACAGAAUAUGCAUAUCGUCAUAAUUGGAAAAUAUUACAACUGGAGUUUAAUAAACAUCGUAUUACUAAAAACAUUGAUGUUGAAAGGUUGAUCAAGUGUCGUUUACAAGAUAAUUUGGAAUUGUUGCAAUGGUUUAAACGAUAUUGGAAUGAAAAUUCUGAUUUAAAUAAUCAUUAUGAUGCAUUAAGUAAAAGAAAUGGUAUUGCUGGUAGUAAUAAUAGCCCUUAUAAUACUUUGAAUCUGGUUCCAACGAAUGGUCAUCCUACUUUAAAACAACAACAACCACAACAACAGAAUCUAGCUUCACCUGCUACCACCACUACUAGAAAACGACAAAUAAGUCAAAGUCCAGGAUUAGGUAUCAAUCAAAGUCAUAAUGGGUAUAGUAGUGAUCAUAAUAUGGAAUCUAGCGGCAAAAUAAACCUGGAUUCAAAUACCCAUGGAGGUCGUCAUUCUCCUCAUGACGUAUUAUCUACAAAUUAUACUAGUAGUAAUAUGUCAACUAGGGUUAGAUCCAGAAAAUCAAUGACUCCAACCACGUCAUCAAGAAUAUCUACUCCUAUUCAGCGAUCAAGGAAAAGUUCAGAUAGACUGGUUAGAAGAGUGCCAUCUCAACUUGGUGGUAAUAGUACCGUAGGAAAUGGUGGGGGUGAAUCUAAUGGCAAAUAUAAGUCCCCAGUAGUGGUUAUGAAUUCAAGUUUGAGUGGUGACACUUCUUCUUCCUUUCAAACUACAACAUCAGCAACAGCCAUUGCAUACACAGCAAAUGAUCAUCAAUCACACGUUACUAAUAACAAGAAUUAUAACAACACAAAUGGUAGUAAUAGUAAGAGUAACGGCUACCACAUUACCAAUGAAGAAGUUGAAGAAAUACUUCAAAGAAAUGAUGACUUGGAAACUCAAUUGAAUGAAUAUAGACUCAAUUGUGAUACAUUACAGGUUGAGCGUAAUUUUUAUUUCAAUAAAUGCCGUGACAUUGAAAUAUUGAUUCAAAAUAUUGAAAAUAAUGAAACUUUAUUAUCAGAAUUGGAUGUAUUAACCUUGUUGAAAAAGGUUGAAGAUACCCUAUACGCUACUCAAGAAGGUUUUAGUUCUGAAGUUCAUAAUGUUAAUGAUGGUAUGCUAGAUAAUGAAUUUUGA